AUGGUUGAGCAACUUACUGAAGAGCAGAUGGCCGAGUUCAAGGAGGCCUUCUCCCUGUUCGACAAGGACGGUGAUGGUAAGAUCACCUCCAAAGAGCUGGGUACCGUGAUGAGGUCCCUCGGCGCCAACCCCACGGAGGCCGAGCUCAAGGACAUGAUCAAGGACGUCGACCUGGACGGAAACGGAACCAUUGACUUCCCUGAGUUCUUGACCAUGAUGGCAAGGAAGAUGCAGGACUCUGAGGGCGAGGAAGAGAUCCGUGAGGCCUUCAAGGUGUUCGACAAGGACGGUAACGGAACCAUCUCGGCUGCUGAGUUGAGGCACGUCAUGACCAACCUCGGCGAGAAGCUCACCGAUGAGGAGGUCGACGAGAUGAUCCGUGAGGCCGACGUCGACGGCGACGGUCAGAUUCACUACGAGGAGUUCGUCAAGAUGAUGAUGGCCAAGUGA